CCGAGAUGGUAAAACAGCGGUUUGAAACGAUCCAUAAUAUGUUAAAUUACGCCAGUGAUCUUCGGCCUUUUUGGACUUGAAAACAUUUUACCCGUGAUCUAUCGUUCCAAAAAAAAAAAAAUAAAAAAAAAAAUUGAUUGGAUAAAACUAUUUGGUCUAUAAUUACAACGUAAAUUUGAAGCUUUCGCGUGACACAAAAUCGAGUCGUUGCCACUGAUCUCUGUUUCGGCGGCGGUCAACUAUCGCGUCAUGUCAUUGACGGCGGUGCAAAAAAAACACGGAAAUUCUGGAACCGGAGCCGACAGACGACCGUGGCCGCGCCGGCCGCACGGAGUGGCCGUGACGGCAUUGGCCACGGCAUUGGCGUUGGCCUGGCUACAGUUACCCGCCGCAUUGUUUGGACGGUACAAGGCCGCGGCCGCGGUAAACGGUACGCUGUACGGCGCGGUCGGCUCGCCGCCGUUCGUCCACCCGACGUGGACGGACGUCGGCAAAAACGUUACGGCCGUUGGCCGGGUGGACGUGUGCGCGUUGAACGCCUGCGAGGCGUACGUCAGGAUGCGCGACGACCUGGCCAACGCGGUGCGGCCGAUCAACGACAAGCUGCGAGGUGGCGGGGAAGCCGGUGGAUUGGGAGGCGUGGCCGGCGACAGGGGUGCGGUGCUCGAGGCCAGGCUACAGCAAUUGGACAGGCGACUCCGGUCCGUCGAACAGCCCGUGUGGACAAUCACGUCCGGAGUCUCUCGAUGGAAGCGAUGUAAUCACGGACCGUGCAAGUGCAGAACUGAAACACAUUCGGUGAGCUGUUGGAGAAAGGACUUUGAAGAAAUUCCACCGGGCCAAACGCUGCCUUUCGACGUUAGCGCAAUUGACCUGAGCACCAACAGUAUAGUGUCCCUACACAAAGACACAUUUAAAGGCCUGACAAACCUGACAGAGCUGGACCUAACGGAUAACGAUAUUGACUAUAUACCCACACCCAUUUUCAACACGCUGGAAAACCUCACAAAACUGAGGUUUCACAGGAAUCAUCUGAUCGAAGUGCCAUUAUUGUUCAAAAGAAACACAAAACUGCAAAUAUUAGACAUGUCAAUGAAUCAUAUAAAACAACUACCGGCAACGUUAUUCCAAUCGACAAAAAACUUAGUACUGUUGCAUCUGUACGGCAACGAAAUAGAGGUAUUUCCGAAGUCGAUAUUUAAAGAUCUUAAUAAACUAGAAGAUUUAGAUUUGUCAGCAAACUCGUUGUUAGAGAUAUCGUCUGAUAUAUUUCGAGGCGUGUCGUCGCUCAAAAGAUUGAAAUUGCAAGAAAAUCAACUGCAACAACUACCCUUAGGGGUGUUCGACGACGUAGAGUAUUUAGAAGUCUUGUCCUUGAGAAACAAUCGCAUAUCGUUUAUUCGUCCCGGGCUGUUUAACAACAUGAGGAGAUUGGUAUAUCUAGACCUAACUGAAAACUGGAUAAAUUUACUUAACGGCAACGAGUUCACCGACUUGGUAGCCUUGAACGAACUACAUCUCGGUCAAAAUUAUUUGGAAUUUAUACCGGAACGAACAUUCAAAAAUUUGGCGUCACUAGAAAAACUUUAUCUCUUUUCAAAUAAUAUCCAACAGUUAGACGUCAACAGUUUUUAUGGUUUGAAAAAUCUUUCGUCACUGUUUCUUAACAACAAUAUGUUAAAAAUUAUCGACGACAGGCUUUUCGAGCCAUUGAUGAAUAUCAGAAAAUUACACAUUGACAGUAAUAAAUUCCAAUUUCUACCAAACGACUGUUUCAAUCACCUACCAAAGUUGGAAUCUUUGAAACUCUCAAAGAACCCGUGGCAUUGCGAUUGUACAAUACUAUACUUAGCUAGAUGGUUGCGGGCGAACAGGCAAAAAGUGUGGGAUUCGAAUCCUACGUGCCGCGGUCCCAGGGAUCUGGGUGGCAAGCCCGUCGAAGACAUGACCUUUGAAGACUUGUGCGACGGCCAGUGGGCUAGCAUGGUGAAGCUUACACCUCGCGUACCCAUACGAUAAACGGCUACGGAGGAGAAAGAGACAUAUAUCGUUAUCAUUAAAUACACACACAUACACACACACACACACACACACACACACACAUAUAUAUAUAUAUAUAUAUCAUUAUAAUGUACUGCGCGUAAAAAAAUGGCGAUUGAUUUAAUGGCUUUUUCUUGACAAUCCACGUUCGAGUAUA